GGCCGGGGGGAGGAAGGGAGAUGCCGGCCCGCCGGGGAGUCCCACCCCGGGGAGGGGACUGCCGGUGCGGGGAAAGCAGCUGUCAGAGCCAGCCCCUCGGCCCCGCACCCCCUCUUUCCAUCACCCCCCUCCCCUGCCCGCAUCCCUUCUUAUACCUUCCUCUCUCCCAUAGUCCCUCCUCCAGCACCCCCCGGCCCCACGCCGCCUCCCCCCGGCGCACACACGCGGCCGCGUUGCCAGCCCGGACCCCGCUUCCCCGCCGGGAGGUGCCCAGCCACUCCCUCCCGGCCCCGCCAGCACCGCCCGGGCCAAAGCGGCGUCGGGGGCUGCGGGCGGGGCGGGGAACGGGAGCGAGGCGAGGAGCAGAGGAGGAGGAAAGGUCGCUGUUCUAGACGCGGGCACGGCAUGAGCUAAGGGCACGCACCGAAGCUGAGCUUCUUGCACGCGUAGCUGCCCUGACAGUGCGACCCUUCUGCUACGCGAUUUUUCCGGGUUUACUUUGCAACUCUUUCCAUCCACGGUGCUGUUUCACCGGGGGAAGCGCGCGGUCGCAGAAAUAAACGGCUCUGGUGCCAAAGCUGAAA